CGGCCCGGAAGUCGCGGAACGCGCGUCGGCGCAGGCGCCUGGGAGCAGGUGCAAGAUGGCGGAAGGCGGUGGCGCCGAUCCCGGGGAACAGGAGAGGUCUUCUGGGCCGCGGCCCCCGAGCGCGCGGGAUCUGCAGUUGGCCUUGGCGGAAUUAUAUGAAGAUGAAGUGAAAUGCAAAUCUUCCAAAUCUGAUAGACCUAACGCUGCAGUCUUUAAAAGCCCGCGAACACCACCUCAGAGGUUCUAUUCAAGUGAACGUGAAUACAGUGGAUUACAUAUAGUUCAACCUUCAACUGGGAAGAUUGUGAGUGAACUUUUCAAAGAGGCAAGAGAACAUGGGGCUGUCCCUCUGAAUGAAGCCACAAGAGCUUCAGGUGAUAACAAAUCUAAGUCAUUUACAGGUGGAGGAUAUAGAUUGGGCAAUUCCUUUUGUAAGCGGUCUGAAUACAUCUAUGGAGAAAACCAACUGCAAGAUGUUCAGAUUUUGCUUAAACUGUGGAGCAAUGGUUUCAGUUUAGAUGAUGGAGAACUGAGACCUUAUCACGACCCACCAAAUGCUCAAUUUCUGGAGUCUGUUAAAAAAGGAGAGAUUCCCCUGGAGCUUCAGCGGCUGGUUCACGGUGGCCACGUGAAUUUGGAUAUGGAGGACCGCCGGGAUCAAGAAUACAUAAAACCUAGACUGAGGUUCAAGGCUUUCAGUGGAGAAGGACAAAAACUUGGAAGCCUUACACCUGAAAUAGUCAGUACCCCUUCGUCUCCUGAAGAGGAGGAUAAGUCCAUACUUAACGCCGUUGUUCUCAUUGAUGAUUCAGUGCCAACGACAAAAAUUCAGAUCAGAUUAGCAGAUGGGAGUCGUUUGAUACAAAGAUUCAAUAGUACACACAGGUAUUUGUUCCAGCGGCGCCCCGUUUCCAGGUGUCUGGGAAAGCACUAUGCCUACUCACUGCCACGUGACGUGAAUGCGCCAGUAGGAGACCUGGGAUCCACCUGCCUCGGGUGCUCUGGUCGUUUUCAGGGAGGUGAACUGACCCGUGGCAGAGGUCUUCCCCCUGGCAGGGCUGGCAGAAGUUCCACGGAGAGAAGUGUUAUCUCACCUCCACGGAGAAGCUUGUUCUCAGUGUCACGAGGCGGAGUGACGUCAUUCCUGAGUCUUCUCCGAGCAAAGGAAGCCAUGCUCCUCUCCACUGACUGAUAACCGCUUGGAGGAUCUGUGAACAGAUGGCAGGCUAAAACGCUUACCAGGAACGAGCUAUGGUGUCACAGGAGCAAAAUCAUCUUCCUUAGGAAGUCAUCUGUUGGAACAAAUGGACAUUUUAUAUUAAAGGGCGUUGCCAUAUUUUGGAUUCGCAAAACCCUGUAAAAUUGUUUGAAAUGCUAUUCCUGUAGUUCCUUUUUAUCGCGUAGGUCGCGUGCCUGUAGACGCACAUACAAAAGCCACUGCCAUCUUUAUAUAUGAUAGUCUUGGACAAUGUAGAAGUUAGGAGGGAGAACUGGGCAUUCAGAACAACGCUUUCACACGUACUACAUGGCGUUUUGCUGCAUUAGAGUCGUUUCCCCGAAUUCUUUUUACUACUGGAGUCACCGUAACCUGUAAGAUCUAUCAUCACCCCCCAAAAAGAUGCCAUUACAUCGAGCUGUUAGACAACCACGUGUGAGGGCAGUUGGUUUGCAUGACAUAUGUAAUCAAAGAGUUUAAGUGUCUGCUUUACCAAUAAAGAAUGUUUUCACUGAAAGUCAUUGAAAAUCCUUUUCAAAAUCUCCUUGAUUUGCAGGUUUAUUUGAGUGACAUAGAUUAAAGCAUGAAUAUCCUUGCCUGUGCUUUAAUUUCCUGUAGUGUAUCUUCUUGAUUGACAGAGAAGAACUGAAUUGUAGCUACGGUAUCUCAAUUUCCCGUUACCGUUGUUGUUUUUAUUCCAUCAAAAUAAAGGUGCAAAAUUUUCUGUA